AUGUACUAUUACCUGUCUUUCCUGCGCACACCCCCCGUUCAAGCACAGCUCAUCGACAAACUCACAAUAAAGCCGCAAAUUGCCAACGACCUCCGGACAGAACUCUAUCAGGGUAUAGCAGACAUAUACGGCUCAUGGACCGAAGAUACGACCGACCUGUCAAUCAUCAGGUUUCCAACCAAGCCCAUCAAGCUGACCACUUGGAAGGGGCAAGACAGCGCGUACAAAGAUGUAGUCGUACCUCUUCCACCCGGAAUUAGGGAAGGGCAGUCUUGGAGGUUGAUUUUAACCGCUUUUCCAUUGGUUGGUCCUGGCACGAACGUACAUUCGCCUCCUUCGACGACCAAAACUCCUUUGCAUACUAUGGGACCCGAAAUACACCUCAAUGCCGAUGAUACUGCCACCAUUUUCCCGGUAGCGUCAAUGCCAACCCUGUUCACCCGACGUAACACCAAAUCCGCAAGCUUCGGAGCUAAACAGGACCAAAUCGAACGAGUACUCUCCUUUAGUAUUUCCAGAGCAGAAACUAGCGAUGAGAAUCAGCUUCAGGCUGAGCCUCGUCAAGUACUCCGAAUCACUGAGCAGACAUCAUUUGACUUGGACAAAAAACUUUGGGAUAGUGGCAUUGGUCUAAGCUCUUGGCUGGUAGACGAAGCGAAUCGCCCUGACAGCUGUCGAUCUGCCCUUUCACAAGCAGCCCAUGAGGUAUUAUUUGGUGCUGGUGUGCGGCGCUUUGUAGAAUUGGGUGCUGGUACCGGAGUUGUUUCUGUCGUCCUGGCUAGUCUACGAGCCGCAUACGAGAAUCUUGAGUCCAGGAUAUACGCUACAGAUCUCCCAUCUGCAAUGCCUCUGCUAGAGAAGAACAUCAGGCACAAUUUGAACUGUUUUCAUGCGGAUUCGCUCACGCACCCGCAUGCUCUCAUUUUGGACUGGGAUGACGGAGCUUUGCCAGCCGAGGUCCUUUCUGAUGGUCACAUCGACGCGAUUAUCAUGGCUGAUGUCACUUAUAACACUGAUUCCUUCCCGUCCCUCAUCCGAACGCUUGCUGCGUUGGUUCGCGCUGGUAAUUCGCACUCGGGGCCAGUAAUUGUGAUGGGCUACAAGGAGCGCGAUGUGUCAGAACGGUCACUAUGGGACAUGGCAAAAAGCAUUGGCAUAAACUUCGAGAAAAUCGCCCACAAGGCGGGUUGUGGCGAUCCUCCAGUGGAGAUUUGGAUUGGCGCAAGGACCCGAAGAUGA